ACAAGACAUGUGUCAUGGUUGGCUACAUGUUCUCACACCCACUCGCCCCUGAGGAGGUCUUAAUUUCUUGGUACACACACACACACACACACACACACACAGAGUUUACUGCAAAGGACUUUGGCUUCCUUCUCUCUGCAGAAAACUCCAAACUCUCCACCGAGCAGCAUCACUAGAAACACGCCUCCAACAUGUCCCUUCUCACCCACCUGUUGGCGUGUCUGUUCGGGAUGGGCUCCUGGGUCUCCAUCAACGGGCUGUGGGUGGAGCUGCCCCUCGUCGUCCCCCACAUCCCCGAGGGUUGGUACCUGCCCUCGUACCUCUCCGUCCUCAUCCAGAUGGCCAACGUAGGGCCCCUCUUCGUCACCCUGAUGCACCGCUUCCGGCCCGGCGCCCUGAACGAAGCGGCCGUCAUAUACGCGAUCAUCGGCCUGGGCACGGCCGCGAGCUUCCUGCUGGCUUUUUUCUGGAAGGAGACCGUGGUGGUGGCGGGCGCUCCUCGCAGCGUGGCCCUGCUCGUCUUGACUUUCUUCAUCGCCACCGUUGACUGCACCUCCUCCGUCACCUUCCUCCCCUUCAUGAUGCGUCUCAAGGCUCGGUACCUGACCACGUACUACAUUGGGGAGGGCUUGAGCGGCCUGCUGCCUGCCCUGGUGGCUCUGAUCCAGGGAGUCGGAGUGGUCCACUGCAUAAACAGCACCGGGUCUUUCAACCACACCCUGAACUCUUCCGACAGCUCCGUGACCUUUGACCUGCGGGCCCAGUAUCAGCCGGCCAACUUCUCCGCCGAGGUGUUUUUCUUCUUCCUCAGCGCCAUGAUGCUGGUGUGCCUGGUGGCGUUCCUGCUGCUGAACUACCACCCGUCCGUGGCCAGGGAGCGUCCCAGCGGUCGAUACACCAACGAGGGGAAGGAGAAGUCGGAGAAGGACAGGAAGUGGGCGGAGCAGAAGCCCAUGAUGGAUCCGUACAGACCUGCGAGCCAGAAGCGCAGGAGCAGCUUCGGUACAGGCUUGUACAGCUGGACGCAGGUGUUGUACAUCUUUGUGAUCCUGGCCUGGGCCAACGCUCUGACCAACGUGGUGCUUCCCUCGGUGCAGUCCUACUCGUGCCUGCCGUACGGGAGCAACACCUAUCACUUAUCAGCCACCAUGGCUGCUGUAGCAAACCCUCUCGCCUGCUUCAUCGCCAUGUUCUUCCCCGUAAGAUCUCUGCUGCUGAUGGGCGCUCUCACGGUGACAGGAAGCGGGGUCGGAGCUUAUAUAAUGGGCAUGGCGGCGCUGAGUCCGUGUCCACUGCUGGUUCAUGGAACUUCCGGCGGCGUCGUCAUUGUGCUGGCCUGGGUCCUGUUUAUUCUCACUCUGUCCUACGUGAAGGUGAUCAUCGGGCUGAUCCUGCGCGACGAGGGCCACGGCGCCCUCGUGUGGUGCGGAGCGGUAGUGCAGCUGGGCUCCCUGCUGGGAGCCGUGACCAUGUUCCCUGUGGUCAGCGUGUACAGCCUCUUCUCAUCCGGGGACCCGUGCAACACGAAAUGCCAAUAAAGACUCGACAUCCGUGUGUGAACCGAGAUAUUCAACGGAGGGGACAAUUGAAUGUUAUGUUCUUUUUACCACCAUUUUUGUUUUGUUUUUACUUGGCAACGUCUGAAUCUGAGCAUGACAUUUGUUACAAGAAAAGCUAUAAUGUACAGACCGUGCUGCUGCAGACAGGAUGAACACUAUUUAUACUAGUAUUUGCACGUUAUGAAAAUACACCACUUACAAGUAAAACUCCAACAUUCAAAAACCGUACUUAAGUAAAAGUGCUCGCUGUGCAGUGAAAUGUUCCCUGUCAGUGUUUUACUAUUCUAUAUAUAUAUGAUGUGUCUGGAUUAAUAUUACUGCAGCAUUAAUGCAUAUGUUGCAUUGUAACUCCUUCAUAUCGGGCUGACUAUAGUUUAAUCUGCAGCAAUGCAUCAUAUUCUAUAAGAUCAUCACAUGUUUGGAUAGCAUCGCUGUCCUGUUUCAGAUUCAUGAAGAUGCAUUUUCCAGCUGAUUCAACACGCCUUUUUAAAUUAGUUUAAUUAGCUCAAGAAGUAGGAAAACAUUUUCAACACAUAAAGAAAUACUUCACCCUUUCUGUUUAUCACUAACAUUGAAAAUCCCCAAAUUUGGAUAUCAUGUUUUUUUUCCUGGACAGUAGGACAUGUAGUGGAGUAAACAGUAUACUAUGUUCGCCCCAGUGGAGGAGAAGUACAUGACAUCAAAUGGUAAAACUCAAGAAAAGUACAAGUAUGUUGAAUUUGUAUUUAAGUAGGCUAGUGCUUGAGUACAUGUACUUAUUUAUAAUCCACCACUGUAUGAAGCUACCCUGGCAGCUGUAUGUGUGGUCAUGCUAUAUAGCCAGAACUAUAAUUAUUUGGGAUAAAGCAACUUUUUGCCUUGAUCCCUUGAUCCCUUAAAAAAACUUUUUAUCAGCCAGGAGCAAAAGUCCAUUGAAUUGGCAAAUAAGUAGUAAUAUAAUAAUUCUGCAAUCACAAUAUUUUAUUUACAAGUGGCAUAAUCAUAUUGUUUAUUGCAUGGUAUAAUGUCAUACUAUGCAAUAAACAAUAUGAUGUAAUGAUUACACUAUAAAUAUAUAAUCCCAACAUUACUGAAAGAACACAACGUACUUCUUUAUAUGUCGACCUGACUGGGACAACUUACAGUGGUCCGAACCCUGAAAACAGCCUCCAGACUAAAGGGACACAACGGGAUAAAGACACGGCUUGUCCACGUUUGUGGCCACAGGACAAAGUCUGGUGACAUGGCUGUACAGCUCAACCUAAAACCAUCAAACAAUAUUUUUUCUGGUUGUAAAAUCUAUAGUUUUCUAAAAAAUAUCCUAAAAGAUAAAGUCUUCUGUAAAAAAUGAUGUCCUCUUAAUUUACAUAUUAUUUUAAUAUGAUCAUAUCAUUUCCAUUAUUCAUUCUUUGAUUUUCAUUUUGAAAGAAACCGGCAAAAAUGAUGAAUCAUUUGGUCAUCAACCUGCCGUGGCUCCUUAUUAAACCAAUGGUAUAAUUUCUCCAUCAAAGCAUUAUUGUUUUGGCUAAACGUCCAUCAAGCAUUUCAAAUCUAGAUUACCAGAUUUCUACAAUCAGAUGAUGUGAGAAUACACUUGUGUACACAAGUGUACACUUGCGCUACGCUUCCGGUUUGAAAGUGAAGCCAAUGCAGAAGUGUCUUAAACUGGCUCUUUCUAAAAGCCAGCAG